AGAUCUACCCCAUAACACUUCACCACCACCCAUUAUGUUCCACCGCUCAGUCAUCCUUCUCGCUGCCAUUCUCUUCAUCGUCAUCGUCGUCGCUCUCGCUAACGACACGGAGAAUGAAGGAAGCACGGGAGGAAGAACCAGAGGAGGCGGGAGCAGAGGAGGAAGCAGGGGAGGAAGCAGGGGGUCCACUAACUCCGUCACCAACAGACGUCAAAGAUCGGCGAGAAACAGCCGCGGGUACCGGCGUAAAUCCUCAACGGGCAGAAACUACUACGAGGUGAAUCCGAGACCUUCAGCUCAUCUUGACCGCAACCAUCCCGGGUACAAGCAGGACUCCGGACACAACCAUGGGCACUCUCACGGAAACUCAGGCCACCAUACCCACAGCCAUACACACGGCAACUAUAAGGGUUUCAACCCGCUCCCAAAUAACUUUAAUCCUGGGAGAGGAGGACAGAAUGGAAGGGGAAGCCGGCAGGAUAGUAAUAGGGAAGGUAGGAACUACAGGCCAGACAGAAACUACAGGGGGGAUAACAACAACAACAACAGAAACUACAGGCCAGAUAACAAUAACAACAACAGAAACUACAGACCAGAAAGCAACAACAGAGAAACUAGGAACUACAGACCAGAAAGCAACAACAGAGAAACUAGGAACUACAGACCAGAAAACAACGUCAGGGGAGGUAGGAACUACAGACCAGAAAACAACAACAGAAACUACAGACCAGAAAGAAACUACAGGCCAGAUAACAAUAACAACAACAGAAACUACAGGCCAGAACGCAACAACAGAGAAACUAGGAACUACAGACCAGAAAGCAACAACAACAGGAACUACAGACCAGAAAGCAGCAACAGGGGAGGUAACAAUUACAGGCGAGAUAACAACUACAGGGGCGAUAGGAACUACAGACCAGAUAGCAACUACGGACCCAGGGGAGGCAACAGCAAUAACAACAAUCGCCGCGGUAACUUUGCGCCCCCUAAAGAUGGAAUCUACCCUCCUGGGCGGUAUUUUUAAUGCUGAUCAUCCAACGGUGUUUUUUAUGUGUCUUGUACAAAUAGAACGGGGGAAAAAAGAUUAAUAGAAACAAUCUUUUCUUGUAUUUUCA